AUGAAUUCAACAGUUGAAGUUCGUUUGGACAACAUCUUUUUUCAAUCCUACGCCAAAGAUCCAGCGUCCGGCAGCGCGAUCUACGUGUUUGACUCAACAUAUUUGCCUUCCGCAGAUGAUGUUGAAAGCCGUGAAGUUUACGAUCUUUUGAUCGAUGAGGUGAUGGAUAGGCUUGUGACGAAGUUGCCGGAACUGCCGUUUUCCUUGGUGGUUUUCAGCUCAGGCUUCACACAAAACAACGUUAGCUGGAUCUAUGGUGUGAAAAUGUUCGCCAAGAUUCCAAAAAGCACCCGUGCUAGGCUUCAAAAAAUGUUAAUCGUGCACGAGUCUUUCUUCGUGAGGACAGUGUACCAGGUGCUGACGAAUGCUCUCAACAUCAACCCUUUCAAAAACAAAAACAAUGCGGACGCAGUCAUACAUCACGUUGCUAACUUGACUGAACUUGCCGAGUACGUUGACAUAACGCGGCUCCGUAUUUCUUUGAACGUUUACCUUUAUGACUACCAGUUCAAUGAGACAAUAUCAGUUCCUGAGAGCUACGUGGCAGAAGGGUCUUCACUAGCGAAUAGACAAUACAGACAGCUGAUUUUUGAUAAAAUCUUCAAGCGACUACAGAUUGACGCUCCUAAGCACGAACUGGUUUUCCAAAGACCUGGCUCAUACCAAAAAGUCAACGUAUUGUUGGGCGUAAUUGCCAGAAACAAUUAUGUGGAUUUGUCGCAGUGGGAUAUUUAUUCCCUCGCAACUGUGUUUUUGCACUUUAUUAAAGGCAAAACUAAACCAGUUUUGCCGAUAGAUCUCAUUCCCUUGCCUAUAAGUGAUUCAUUCGAAUAUACUUACAACACCUUUGUGAGUAUGAUGUUGUACAAUGGAUAUUACGAGCUCACGUUGUACAUAUUUGAGCUUUUUUUAACUCUUGUGGGUAACUCUGAGGUGACUUUACAUGACUACAGAACCCUGAGUAAAUGCUUGACAGCUACUUUGUGCAAGGAGAAGGUGUCUCUUAAGACGUCAGAUAGGCUGGCCAUCGGAUACAGAUAUACCAGAAACGUUUUCAUGAAGUUUCAUGACCUGCGGCAUGAAAUUGAGCAAAAAGGCGCCUUGAAAGCUGUGGAAGAACCGCGGACUCCUCGCUUCACAAGGGAAGCUCCUAAAAUUCCACCUCCACGCAAAAAAAGCCCAACAAAAGCCUGCAGAUCAACUAAUUCAUCAAAGGAGAGGAUUCCUCCAACUAAGCCUCCUGCGCUGCCAAAGAGAAAAGGAAUACCGAGCUCAAGCACCACGUCGUUGCCUGCUGCUGACUUGAGGGCUGAAAUGUCUCCGUCUCCUCAACCUAUGAUGUCGAGAUCCGAAGUCAGUCUGGACAUCACAGAACCUCGGUCACCUAAGCUUGGUGCCACGCCCAAUCUGCGACUUGGAAGUAAUUCUUCUAUAAACGUAUCCAUGACAAGUGACCCUAAUGUCUCUCCACAACUUCAGCCUCAAUUGAUUCCUGAUGAAGCUGUAACAUUUAAGUCGAAGCCUGAGGAUGAUCUUUUCAAAUUGGAUCAAAACAUGUCAAGUCUUUUGUUGGACAAUAACCAAAAAAUCCAGAGCCUUGAUAAAGAGCUGAAGAAGAAAAAGCAGGCGAGUAACCUGGGGUCUGAACGGUUUUCGAAUUCUGCUUACUCAGACAUUAAGGCAGAAAAUAAAGUCAGCCGGCUCGCCGCGCUUUAUGAGGAGAGGUUAGUUGGAAUCAGGGUCAUGGAAGACAUGAGGAGAAAUCAAUGA